UGAAAUGAUAAUUUUAAAGGAUAAGCUUAAACGAAUAUCCAAAUGUGUAUGCAUAUUUCACAGGUUUAAUACCCUCUUACUGAGCUAUCUGAAGUCGGUGUGUACAGAUAUUGGUAGACAUACUUAAUUUUACAUAAAGCAUAUAGGUGAACCGAUUAAUAAGAUUAAUAAGAUGAGGUGCUCUCGCACCAGUUGUGGGAAUGAGGGUGAUGGAAAAUUUUGUGAGGAGUGUGGAUCAAAGAUGGUGGAGAAGAAAAUGAAUACAGUAGUGAUUUGUAUUGGAAAGCUAGAUGAUGAUUCUGCAUGUAGAGCAGAACUUGUUCCUUAUCAGAAAUUUUGUAAAAAUUGUGGGACAAAAGUUGAUCAGUCUCUUUUCCAACAUACAUGUCCUCAAUGUGGUAAUGUGGUAGAGCACAGUGCAAAGUGUUGUAUGGAAUGUGGAUAUUACUUGAAACAACAAGCCAAAACAGGCAACGUCGAGCGAUGUCCCCGCCUUGUGGUGGCUCCUGUUAACCAGUGCUCAAACUUGGAUGCUGAUAUGCAAAAUGUCUGGAGCUUUGUUAAAAACCAAUGGGACACAAUAACAAAUAAGAUAAAGUCUGGUAAUCUAAAAUUUCAAGACUUUGAGAGGAUAGUUGGCCAUAAGUAUAGAGAGGAUUAUGACCAGAUGAAAGCUGAGUUAAGAACAAUGGGUAUCACCGAGAACGUUAUCAGUGAGCGUAUUGACCAGCUUAGAACGUUCAGACAAUUAGAAACAUGUGUAAAAGUAGCAAAGACAAUACUGACAUUUGCUAAGGAAUGCAAAUUGAACGGAGACUUCUCACAGAUAAGAGUUAUUGCAACCAGUACCGAUCAAAACAUGAAAAGUUUUGACAACAGUGUGAUGAAAGCCUGUGAAUUUCUCAAAGAGUUGACACCAAAAAAGGAAAAAUGCCUGGAAACGUUUGUGAAAUGUGGACCACUUGUACAAUGGCUUAAGGAGUCAAUGAAGACAUCUGGAUUAAAAGAGUUAAAGGUAUUUGUUGACCAGGCAUUUAUGUCAGCUGGUGAUGAACCAAUUAACAUUGCUCGCGUUCAGUGUCUCCACUCAGCUGUGACAGGAUAUACCCCGCUAAUAUUUGACUUGGAUGAGAAUUGUGGUUACAAGGAACUUUUAAAUCUUUGUGCUGUUGUUUGGAAAGAACUUGAGGCAAAUCCUUUCCUUCCGGAACAAUUGCUAGACACCACACGCCAGCUAGAAUGGCUAAAAGAAAUCAAGAAAGCUCAUGAGUCAGUAGAGAUAACAUCCCUUAUGCUUAUGCAAGUGGAAGCUAUUAAUGCUAAUGGAGUAUUUACAGUGGGUAAAAAUACUUGGAAGAAAGAGACACAGACACAACUUAUUGAUGGAACAAUUAUGGAGAUGUCAGAUAUUCUGAAGUUGACAGUGCCAGAACAAGAAGGAAAAAGGGAGUUGAAAAAUUAUACCUUCUCUCAAUUGCAAGAUUUACAGAGUCGACUUAUGUUGGUAUCAGACAAGGCUGAGAAAGGUUCAGAUAGUGUUGACAGAUUUACCAUGAUAUUUGACAGUAUAACUAGAGUAAGUAGUGUGUACAUGAAACUUUGUUCAUCUGGGUGUGUGCUGUUUAAAGACUGGACAGCAAGAUUCCUGUGUUAUCCUAAACCUGAUCGUCCAGUUUGUGCCAUACUAGAGUUUGGCCAAGGUGAUAGUGUACCUCAGCUGAAGGGAAGACGAUCUGAGAAGGAGGACUUGAAGGAUAUAAUUCCUGAACUAGCCAAGGUUAUGGAAUGUUGUCUUGAUGAAUGGCUGGAUCAUAUUAAGGAGAAACGAAAGACUUAUCUUCACUUGAACUACUACACUGUAGACCAACUUGUUAUCCUUCAGAGAGAACUGGUUAAAAUGGGAAUAGAAUCAGAGCCGUCACAUCUGGUGUACCCUUUGUUGUCUGCUGUAAAAGAAAAUUGUACUCCAGAUGACCUUAUAGAGGCUAUGGCUGCUGCUAAAGAAGAGAUAGAUGGUGAUGUAGAUAUGGAAGCUGUAGGUGGAAAUGCUGAUGAUGAUGAGGGAGAGGACAUGCCAACUGAUGCCACUGAAGACGAGAAGAGACAAAAUUUUAUACAGGAACUUGUUAUAGCAGGUUUUGAUGAAGCCCUUGCACUGAGGGCGCUGCAGUUUAUAAGUCCAGAUGAUGUUACUGCUGGUAUAGUAUGGUGUAUGGAUCAUGAUGAGGAUUUAUAUAUGUCUGAUUAUGUGGAACAACCGCAAGUUGAUAAUCAACCAAUGAGAGAGCAGGUUACACCGAGACCUAUUUUCACUGGCUGGAGCCAAUCACAAACUGACAUACAAACUAUGAUUCUAACAAACAUAUCUGGACUGAGGAAGCAGACUGAUGUUGGAUCGGCUCCUCUGAUCAGUGAUCUUACAGCGUUAUGGAAACAGUUUCUGGAUUCUAUAUCUUCCAAUAUACGAGACUAUCUAAGUCUGGAGCAUCUUGGCCUUAUACUGAAAUAUCUUGCUAGAAAAGAUAUAAAAGAAGUAUCCAGAUUACUACCACUAGGAUUCAAAGAAGGUCAACCCAACCUGAUUAUAUGUCCCUCAGGAGAUGUAUUGAUGACCACACUAUCUAUAUAUAUGAUGGACAGAGAUCAACCUCUACCUAUGUCAGAUGAAAUACUCUUGUGUACACCUAACACAACCAAAGAUGAAGUUGAUAUAUUUUGGAGGAGAGCAAUAUUUGAUGGAGGAAGAAAGAUUCACUGUCUGGUAAAUGCUGACAUGUUAGAUUAUGAUGUCAGUGAAGCUGCAGAGAGAUGUCUAGAGGAAUAUCUUCUGGAAGUUUAUCACAAUAAAGACUUGAAUUACCGUCUUCUUGUUAUCUGUGGUUCUGACAAUGAGCAUAAAUCCACAAUGGCCUCUUCCCUGGACAAAUUCAAGAGACAACCAUUGUUGGGAAAUAUAUCUUAUCUACGGGAAUACCUAUCAAACAAACUUACUGUCUCACAGCUAACUAUAUCUGGAGCAAGACCUGCAGCUAGUGUUGAUCAUCAAAGGCAUUCUGUUUGUGUCAUUAAAUCAUGGAGAGCAGGAGUUGGGAAAACCUUAUAUAAAAACAGGAGAGAGACCGAUGUAUCUCGACUUAACAAAGGGUCAGUUAAUACCGAGACAGUGUCUAUACCACUACAAGAGAAAACAAUAAAUCUUCAUUAUGUGAUAAAGAGACUUCUAGAACACACAGCAAAACCAGGGGAGAUCACUGCCAGACUGUUCCAUAUUGAUGUAGCUCAUGAGGUGGAAAAUGGAGUUGACUAUUUACUGUUCAACCUUCUGCUUCUUGGUUGUUUGACAGACAAGACAGGUUUUGUUUGGAGGAAAUCUGCUACCGAUAUGUAUCUCAUUGAGACCACGCCUUUAAUGAUGCAGACUGCUAAUAGGAAGGGAGAUAACUUGCAGUAUGUACACCCAAUGUUGAAUAUUCUACCAGAUCUUACAUGUCGAUCACCUCAGGAAAGCUUACAAAUUUAUUCUGGGGAACAGUUUAAAGAUUACAAGGACUCUGAUCAGUUAUUUGAUGAGAAACAGUUUAGAAGCCCAGUAUUCCAGCGUACAUUCCAGUACUUACUGAGACUAGAUCAAGGGAGACAACUUGAUGAUGUCAAGCCAGACAAUCCAGAAGAAGAUCCACAAACAUGCCUUCAAACUCUUUUAAGACAUUGUGGACAAGAAGAUCCAUCUUGGUCGGAGCUUCAUCAAUUUGUUUGGUUUCUGAACAAACAGCUGGUAGAUUUUGAGAAUAACUUUGUUAGUGCAACUGCUGCAGAAGAUCUUCCUGGAUUCUCCAAGUUUGUUCUCCGAUUUCUUAUACAGAUGUCAAGGGAUUUUUCAACAAGGUCUUUGGAUAUAAAGAAAGAGUCAUCAGGAGUUAGACUAGAAAGUAGACAAUAUAACAUCCAUUUGGAAAUUGAUAUUGGUGAAAAUGAAAGUGAUAUUGAUGAUAGUGAUAAUGAUGAUGAAAAGGAGGUGAACGAUAGUGGCGAGUCGGAAAAUAAUAAUGAUAGUGUGUUACAGGCAUAUCAGAUGAGAAGAACAUGGGAGAGCAGUCCACAUCCAUACCUGUUUUUCAACUCUGACAGAUUAAGUUUCCCCUUCCUUGGCUUUUAUAUUGAGAAAAGUUCAGGAAACUUGAUAGAUCAACAAACAGGGAGAGUAUUAGAACGAGGAAUUAUGACACAAAAUUUGUAUGACUUCCUUGUUAGAAACCAUGCACCAAUACAAGAAAACUUUGAUAACCUGCCGAGACACGAAAAAAUCGUGAAGCUAUGUAAGUGUAUGGGUUUAGAUAUGCCUCAUGAUCCUGAUGAUACCUAUGAGUUGACAACUGACAAUGUGAAGAAAAUCAUGGCAAUAUAUAUAAGAUUUAGGUAUGAUAUACCAGUUAUCAUUAUGGGAGAGACAGGAUGUGGUAAAUCAAGAUUGGUCAAGUUUAUGUGUUCUCUACAACAACCACCUGGUGUUGACAUGACAAACAUGAUUCUCAUGAAGGUUCAUUUGGGGACAACUAACAAAGACAUAAUUAGGAGAGUAAAACAAGCUGAUAAAGUUGCAGAGGCAAACAAAUAUGAAUAUGGAGACCACGUGUACACUGUUUUGUUCUUUGAUGAAGCUAACACAACAGAAGCUAUAGGACUUAUUAAAGAAAUCAUAUGUGACAAAAGUAUGGAAGGAAAGAAACUGAAAUUAUGUGAAAACCUGAAAAUAAUUGCUGCUUGUAAUCCAUACAGAAAGCACUCGGAAAAGGUAAUCAAAAAGUUAGAGCAAGCAGGACUUGGUUUCCAUGUUGAUGCUGAUGAAACGACAAACAGAUUAGGUCGUAUACCAAUGAGAUGUCUUGUAUACAGGGUCCAGCCUCUACCACAAAGUUUACUGCCCCUGGUAUGGGACUUUGGUCAGCUGAACACUCAAGUGGAAGACCUUUAUAUAAGACAAAUGGUUAGAAGAUAUAUACGUGAAGACAAACUGCCUAGCAUUGGGGGUCUGAUAGAAGUUGUCAGUGCAAUCUUAACUUCCUCACAAGACUACAUGAGGGAACAGAAGGAUGAGUGUAGUUUUGUGUCACUACGAGAUGUUGACAGAGUAUUGACUGUAAUGAGCUGGUUUUACCAACAGAGUCAAGGGCAGAGAACCCUAUAUGACCUAAUGGACGAGAAACUAUAUGGUGACGACGAAUUCACUUCUGAAGAUGAUGAUGAUGAGAAGGAGAAUGAUCAAAUGAUUAGAGAUGAUGGACGGGGUGACAGAGUCAAUGAUAUUACCCGUUCUCUUAUGCUAGCACUUGGUGUUUGCUAUCAUGCCUGUCUGAAAACUAGACCGCAGUAUCGUGCACACAUUGCACCAAAAUUCCGUGCACCUUGUCAUCUUCCAGGUGGUGCCGAUCAAAUACAGGAAGAGAUAGAAAAGUGUCAAGAAGUUUUCUUAGAUCACGUUCAUCUGGAGAAGAAUAUAGCUUGUAACAUGGCACUGAGAGAGAAUGUUUUCAUGAUGGUUGUAUGUAUAGAACUACGUAUCCCACUGUUCCUUGUUGGUAAACCUGGAAGUUCCAAAUCUCUUGCCAAAACCAUUGUUUCUGAUGCUAUGCAGGGAAAUGCUGCAACAGAAAAGCUGUUUAGAGAACUGAAACAGGCCCAGAUGGUGUCAUUCCAGUGUAGUGCCCUGGCCACACCAGAUGGUAUAGUUGCAACAUUUAGACAAUGUGCACAGUUCCAGAGAGACAAAGAUUUGGAUACAUUUGUCUCUGUUGUUGUCCUUGAUCAAGUAGGAUUGGCUGAAGACAGUCCAAGAAUGCCACUGAAGACACUUCAUCUAUUAUUGGAGGAUGGUUGUCAAGGCGAUGAAGAGCCAGAAAAACACAUGAAGGUUGCAUUUAUCGGUAUUUCAAACUUGGCAUUGGAUCCUGCCAACAUGAACAGAGGAAUUCUGGUACAGAUAGAAGUACCUGAUCUUGAAGAACUGAAAAAUAGUGCAAAUGGUAUAACAUGCGAUAAACUUGGCAGCCUGAUUGAACCACUUAUUGAGCCAAUGGCAAUUUCAUAUCUGGAUAUUUUUGAGAAAGCCUCAAAGAACAUGAGAGAAUUUUAUGGAUUAAGAGAUUUUUACAGUUUGGUGAAAAUGGUGUAUGGGUUUGUGGAGAAGUCCAAACAAAGGCCAACAUGGCAUGAAAUGUUACAUGCAAUCUUGAGAAACUUUGGCGGUCUGGACCAAGUUAAUCCUGUGAGGAGUUUUAGGGAGAACCUUUCUAAAGUUGUUCAGUUUGAUGAAAGGCCGAAACAAACAGAUCCAGACUGCAGACCUUUGAGCUUAGUACAGGCAUGUCUAUUUGACUCAAAUAAUACACAAAGUGAGAGUAGAUACCUGCUUCUGUUAACAGAGAAUUAUGGUACAUUAGCAACCAUACAACAGAUUUUGUCUAGGAGAGGUGAUAUCAAACCUAUUACCAUAUUUGGUAGUAGCUUUAGAGGUGACCAGGAGUAUACACAGGUCAGGCUAUUGUUUAAAAAUAUCCUUCUUUUUAUGCCCCCGGGCAUAUAGUAAUUGAACCGUCCGUCCGUACGUCCGUCCGUCUGUCCGUACGAGGUUAACCAAGAACGGCAAGUUGGAUUUUUCUUAAGUUCUACCUGUACCAAUGGCUUCAUAAUUUACACACUUACUAAUCCAUACAAAGUAUAUGAUCUGGGCAAGUUACAUAACUAUGGCUUCCAUUUGCACCUAGUUAUGGCCCUUUUUAGCACUUAGGAAAUGAAUAAUGGUUAACCUAAACCGGCAAGUUGGAAAUAUCACAUGUUCUAUCUGAACUAAUGGCUUAAUAGUACUUUUGUUAUGGUCAUUGGGUUUACUUUUAUAUGUUUCUACAUGAUCAUUUUAGUGUUUAACUUAUUUAACCUAUUGUAACCAUGACAACUGUUAGAAUUUCACUUGGCGGGGAUUCAUUUUAUUUACACUGUCUCGUUUAUAGGAAUAUGGUGGGGCUAAGAGCGAGGUUUGGUGCACCAUUAACCGGUUUAAACUCCCCAGCAGUCAUUAUUAUGCUGCUGACCGUUCCAAGGCGGCGCCCCACUGUGUUCCUCAGAUGUAUGUCUAUGUUGUUUCAUACUGUUUUGGUGACACUUUUGCUUGUGUCCCUUGUUGUUUUCUCGUCUACGGUAAGUAUUUUCCCCAUUGCCUAUAGUUUUUUUUUCUUUGAUUACCCCCCCCCCUUCCCCGGUCUCCUGUCCCCUUCCCCUUUGUGGGCCUAUUAUUAUUUUCUUUGGAUUCCUAAUCAGUUACAAAUUGUUUAUCAUUUAAUGAUUAACAUGUCGUUGCCCUGUCCUUUUUAUGUUUGGGGUCCGCCUGGGCUCCUUGCCGUUGGUUCUUGUUGCUGGGUCAUAUGGGGGUUGCGUUCAUUGAACGCCGCCUUUCCUUGUUGAUCUUGUUUAUCAUAUUUUAAUAAUUUUCACUUUUACUUAUCAAUACAAUGUACAUGAUGUUGCCUAGUUAUGUAAAUGUGCCAGUAAUUUCCCUUUUUAUCACUUUGAAAAUAGGGCCGUGUAUGGUAAACCUAUUCCGCCAAGUUGGAUUUAUCAAAAGAAUUCACCUAAUUACUUAAUUUAUUUAAUGAUAUCUUUCAUAUUUGGUAGGUGGAUACCUUUAACGGUCCUCUAAUUUUUGUGGCGUAAGGCGUCUCUAGGUCAAGGUCAAGGUCACUUGUGUAAAAAAAUUAAUCUAAACAUUUCUGCUCAUACAGCCUUUAUUUUCAAGUUAAUGUCUUUCAUGUUUAUAAUAGUCAUACCAAGGGAGGUCCUCUUCCUUUUCCUUUAGUAAUAGGUCAUUUAGGUCAAGGUCACCAAUGUCAAAAAUAGAUUUUUUACACUUUUACAGGUGUAUUAACCUUAUUCUAUCGACAGAUGUCUUGUAUAUUUUGUUGGAACAUAAAUUGAGGUAUUCUCAUUUGGAUGGAGGAAGGGGUCAGUUGGGUCAAGGUCAACAUUGCUAAAAUAGAUUUUUACACUUUUGCCCAUACAGCCUUUAUAUAUUGACAGAUUUAUUUCAUUUUUGGUAGGAAAAUAAGUUGCACGAUAUUCUUCCUUUGGAUUGAGUUAGGGGUCAGUUGGGUCAAGGUCACCAGUGCUAAAAAUAGAUUUUUUACACUUUUGCCCAUACAGCCUUUAUUUAUUGACAGAUUUAUUUCAUAUUUGGUAGGAAAAUAACUUGCAUGAUAUUCUUCCUUUUUAUAGAGGUAAGGGUCAGUUGGUCAAGGUCUAGGGUACCAAUUACAGAUUUCUACACAUGAUUGGUUUUCUUCACGAACUGCGAUAAUUUGCUUGCAUCUCUUAGUAACAAAUUGUUCUUCCUUAUCAUUUAAAAAAAGUGCUAACAAUUAAUGAAGGCAUUUACUUACCGAGUUUAAUAGCUUAAGGCUUUUGAGACGAAAAGACUAAGAUGGAAAAGAAACUGUAGGAAAGAGUUAAACAUGCUCAGAUGAGAAGACACAUACAAAUUAGCUACUUCACUCUCUAAAGUUAAAUUAUUGACAACAGUGAGCGCGGGGGCAUUUGUGUUUAUCAAACACAUAUUCUUGUUAUUCCUGUUAUAAGUUCAAAUAGAUUGCAAGGAUUUCAGACAAGGUUUGGUGCACAAAACGGUAUCAGAAUAUUACUUCCUUAAGGUGACAACAGACAUUUUCCUUGGUAUUCACAUAAAUGUCAUUUAAACUAAGUUAUUUUAGUAAUAAUUGUUAUUUAUUUAAUCUUUGUGCAUUAAAUAUCGUUGAUCAUCAUAAAAAAUAACAUAUUUGAAAAAAAUGCCUUUGAAAAUGAUUG